GCAAGAGAAAAACAUGGCGAUGACCUUUAGCGAAUUUGGUUGUUGUGUGAGAGCGGUGAGCUUUGACUUGUUUGGCAAAACCCUAAAAUUACUCUAGCAUGCUUGAAUACUUGCACAACCCUAGAAACAUUGAUACUCCUAAAACUUAUAAUUAAUUAAUUAAGAUUCGAAACAAAGGAUUCAUUGGAAUCUCUGGUAUAUAAAUUUCCAAUUUUACCCCUACAGAAUCCCCAAAAUCCAACGAUGUAUAGACGAAAGAUCCAACGGUCACAUUACAAGAGUACAAGACAAGCCAAAUAAACUCACAAUCUCUCCUCAUUUAGGGUUUUAUAACAAAAUUCAGUUCUUCAGAUUCCGAAGAUCAAAAACAAUGGCUGGUGAGAUUGUACCUCCAGAGAAUCACUCAGCCGCCGAUACCUUGGAUAACGAUGGAUCCACGGUGCAGAAAGCGCAAUUCUCCGACCGGGUUUUGAUUCGAUCGAUUUUGAGCGGCGGAGCUAAACUUGCCGGUCAAAAGGUUAGAAUCGGCGGUUGGGUCAAAACCGGAAGACAACAAGGGAAAGGGAAAUUUGCUUUCCUUGAGGUUAACGAUGGAUCUUGUCCAGCGAAUCUUCAGGUUAUGGUUGAUUCUUCUCUUUAUGAUCUCUCUAGGUUAGUUGCGACUGGAACUUGUGUUACUGUUGAUGGAGUUUUGAAGAUUCCUCCUGAAGGUAAAGGUUUGAAACAGAGUAUCGAGCUUAACGUUGAGAGUGUGAUUGAUGUGGGAACUGUUGAUCCGACUAAGUAUCCGCUUCCUAAGACUAAGUUGACUCCUGAGUUUCUCAGAGAUUUGCUUCAUCUUCGUUCCAGGACUAACUUGAUCUCAGCAGUGGCAAGAAUCCGUAAUGCGCUUGCUUUUGCGACCCACAGUUUUUUUCAAGAACAUGGUUUCCUUUACAUUCACACUCCUAUCAUCACAACAAGUGAUUGUGAAGGAGCUGGUGAAAUGUUCCAAGUAACAACCUUGAUCAAUCACACUGAGAGGGUUGAGCAGGAUCUCAUUGAUAACCCUCCACCCACUGAGGCUGAUGUUGAAGCGGAGAGACUUAUUGUCAAGGAGAGAGGUGAAGCUGUGUCGCGACUGAAAGCUGCCAAGGCAAGCAAGGAAGAGAUCACUGCUUCCGUUGCUCAACUUACUAUAGCAAAGGCGUGUUUAGCUCAUGUUGAAGAGAGGUCAAGGCUUAAGCCUGGAUUACCUAAAAAAGAUGGAAAAAUUGAUUAUUCGGAUGAUUUCUUUGGCCGUCAAGCUUUCUUGAGUUCUGGUCAGUUACAAGUGGAGACCUAUGCUUGCGCUCUUAGCAGCGUGUAUACAUUUGGCCCGACUUUCCGAGCAGAGAACUCUCACACUUCAAGGCAUUUAGCUGAAUUCUGGAUGGUUGAGCCUGAAAUAGCUUUUGCAGAUAUACAUGACGACAUGAACUGUGCAGAGGCGUAUGUGAAAUACAUGUGCAACUGGUUGAUCAAGAAUUGUUCCGAUGACAUGGAUUUUAUGGAUAAGAAUGUUGAUGGGGGAUGCACGAAAAGGCUAAAAAUGGUUGCCGAAACCUCGUUUAAGCGUGUAACAUACACUGAAGCAAUAGAGGUACUUGAGAAAGCUGUAGCUGAAGGAAAGGUUGUUUUUGAUAACAAAGUGGAGAGGAAAAUGGACUUGGCCUCAGAGCAUGAAAGAUACUUGACAGAGGUUGAGUAUGAUCAAAAGCCAAUAAUUGUUUAUAACUACCCGAAAGAAAUCAAAGCUUUUUACAUGAGACUUAACGAUGAUGAGUAG